UUUGCGCGAAUCGUGGGUGGGAUGACGGCGGGCCGGCUCUUUCUAAGACUACUGCGAGCACCCUCCACUUCCAUGGCUCAGAGCCCACUCGAGGGCGUGCCCCCUUUCAGGGGUCUGCACGGGGAGCGCGGGCUCCGAAGUCUCUCCAUCGAAGGCAACAUUGCUGUGGGAAAGUCCACCUUUGUGAAGUUACUCACGAAAAGUUAUCCAGAGUGGCACAUAGCUACAGAACCUGUAGCAACAUGGCAGAACGUCCAGGCUGCUGGCACCCAAAAAGCCUGCACUAUCCAAAAUCUUGGAAACUUGCUGGAUAUGAUGUAUCAGGAACCAACAAGAUGGUCCUACACAUUCCAGACAUUUUCUUUUAUGAGCCGCCUGAAAGUACAGUUGGAGUCCCUCCCUGAGAAACUCGUACAGACCAACAAGCAGGUACAGAUCUUUGAGAGGUCUGUGUACAGUGACAGGUAUAUCUUUGCAAAGAAUCUUUUUGAAAAUGGUUCCCUCAGUGACAUCGAAUGGCAUAUCUAUCAGGACUGGCAUUCCUUUCUCCUCCAGGAGUUUGCCACCCGGCUCAGAUUACAUGGCUUAAUCUACCUUCAGGCUACUCCUCAGGUUUGUUUGAAGAGACUGUGCCAGAGGGCCAGACAAGAGGAGAAAGGAAUAGAGCUGGCCUAUCUGGAACAGAUUCAUGGUCAACACGAAGCCUGGCUUGUUCACAAGACUACCAAGCUACACUUUGAGACUCUGCUGAACAUUCCAGUGCUGGUGUUGGAUGUCAAUGAUGAUUUUUCUGAAGAAGGAACCAAACAGGAAGAACUCCUGGAAAAGGUAAACACCUUUGUAAAGAACCUGUAAUCAUGUUCUGGAAUGUUCUGUUUGUCUCUCUGACUUUCUGAAGCUAGAAAUAUAUUGAGUGGAUCAUGUUUCCAUCCCUAUUCCCAUUCCCUUUUACCUAACCCUGGAGUGCUCUGACACUUGGUGCAUGGCUUAUGUUACUAGAUGUUGCUAUUUUUUAUAUCUCAAGAACUGCUAAAAUAAAGUGUAUUUAAGUUUUGGGUUUUUUUUUUACUCAUCCAGUUGUUCAUUCGUUCAGCAUGUCUCUAUUGGUGUCUCUGAACUCCCAUUUAAACUAGCAAAUUUUGCCAGAGAAAAGCCUUAACUUUUUUUCUUGAAUCUUUCACCACAAGACUUCUUUAUGUGACCCCUUGUUCCUUUUGACCUGCCAAGGCAGGAAUUGCUCCCAGCACCAUCACUCAAGCCCUGCCAUGGGCAGAGGAGAAGUAAAGUAUCUCAGGUGGACAUUAAAGGGUGAGCUUCCAGAGCCAGAAAAUGAAGACCAAACUCCAGAAAGCUCCUUAAUAUCUUCCCAUCCAGCACUCUUGGUAUGAGGGCUGGUGGGGGGAAAUUUAGAUCUUUGUCCUAGAGCUGAAAAGCCUGAACAAAUGGAAGGAGAGAGAACAUAUCAGGAAUCCAAAAGUUCAGCACCUGAUGAUUAGGGUUUGGUCAUCGCUGCACUCUGACCUGUUCUGAACACCAAGUGAGCUCCAUGUGACCUUCAUGGAGCCAGUCUGUCUCUGCUCAAAAGAAAGAAAAUAGUUUUAUGUGUUGCAUUUUUAAGUUUUAAGGACAGUGUACAGUCAUGCUGUAUAACAUCAUUUCGGUUCCUACUGCCCAGUGACAUCACAGAGCACACUGCCAGAGUGCUGCAGGAGUAGUAAGUCAUGGAUGACCCAGCUCCCCUUUCAGGAUGCCCUCAGAACUGUUAAAUCAGGGAUACAGGGAAGCACUGUUUAGAGAAUAAGACACACAAUGAUGAUAUCACUUAACAAAUGCAUUUCUCAGGACCUAGCUCCAUCUUUAGUCAUGCAUGACUCUGUUAUAAGUGAGAAAAUAUGUUAUUCCUAUAGAUGUGCUCCAUUGCUGGAAAUCCACAGGUCCAUGGUCCAGUGGGAGCAGGGGCCUUGCUUUCAGCCCUUGACAGUUGUGCAGGCAUUCAGGAAAAUGAAUGGGCUCAAGACUCAGUGUCCCGGGAGACAGAGCCUGUGUUUUCCUUUAUGAUUGGGAAAAUGAGUGUAAGAUUGGUUUCUAACAAAUGCAUGAUGUUUUGAAAUAAAACAGCAUUUCUUUAUAUGACUUUUUAAAAAUUUAAUAGCUUUAUUGAAAGGUAAUCCACAUGCCAUACAAUUCACCCAUUUAAAUAUACAGUUCAGUGGUUUUUAAAGUGUAGUCUUAGGGUUGUGCAACCAUCACCACAAACAAUUCUAGAAUGUCUUCAUUACACCCAGGAAGAAAUGUCAGACCAAUUAAUAGUCACUCCCCAUCUCCCACCUCCGGACAACAUCCACCUACCCUACCCUUUCCUAGGCAACCACCACUAGACAUGAAUUCAUAUGUGUGGAGUCACAUAAUAUGUGGCCUUUUGUGACUAGCUUUCAUUUUCAAGAUUUUCAAGGGUUAUCUAUGUUGUAACGUCAGUACUUCCUUUUUAUAGCUAAACAUUUCAUUUUAUGAAUAGAACCAACUGAAAGAAUCACCUUUUUUUAUUCCAACUAUUGAUGGACUUAAGGAUUCUACUUUUUGGCUAUUGUAAAUAAUGCUACUGUGAAAAAAAUACCAGUUUUUGCGUAGAUGUAUUUUAAUUUCUCUUGUGUACAUAUUGAGGUUAUGAAAUCACUGGGUCAAUUAGUAACUCCAUGUUAAACUCCUUGAGGAACUGCUAAACUUUUCUAAAGCAGUUGCACCAUUUUACAUUCCCUCCAGCAAUAUAUGAGGACUCUAACUGCUCCACAUCUUUGCCAGCACUUGCUCUCUGUCAUUUUGAUUAUAGCUGUCCUAGUGUGUAUGAAGCGGCAUCUCUUGUGGUUUUUGAUUUUCAUUCCCCUGAUAACUGAUGAUGUUGAGCAUGUACUUAUUGGUCAUGUGCUUAUUGGUCAUACAUAAAGAAAAAAUUGGUCCAUUUAAA